ACGAUGAGGAUUCAAUCUGCACCCAUGGCUUCUUCUUCUUCUUCUUCCUCGCUUCCAUGGAGCCUCGCUCUCUUAGUGUUGCUGGCCAUGGCGAUGAGAAGAGCUCAGGGCAGCUUUGUUGCGACGCAGUGGUCGCCGGCCCAUGCGACCUUCUACGGCGACGACUCGGCGUCGGGGACUAUGGGUGGCGCGUGUGGGUACGGAGACCUGUACAGUACCGGCUACGGGACGAACACGGCGGCGCUGAGCUCCGUGAUGUUCAGCGACGGCUACGGGUGCGGGCAGUGCUACGAGAUACGGUGCAGCGGGGCGCCGGCGUGCUACGCUGGCUCGCCCAUCGUCGCCGUGACCGCCACCAACCUCUGCCCCCCGAACUGGGCCCUGCCCUCCGACAACGGCGGGUGGUGCAACCCCCCCAGGGUGCACUUCGACAUGGCCAAGCCUGCCUUCAACCAGAUCGCCGACUGGAAUGCCGGCAUCGUGCCCGUCAUGUACCGCCGGGUGGCGUGUCAGAAGACGGGAGGGAUGAGGUUCCAGUUGCAGGGGAACGCGUACUGGCUGCUGGUGUUCGUGACCAACGUGGGGGGUGGCGGAGACAUAGCGGGGAUGUGGGUGAAGGGGGAGAAGACGGAUUGGAUCAGCAUGAGCCACAACUGGGGGGCUUCCUACCAAGCCUUCUCCUGCCUCGGCGGCCAAGUGCUCUCCUUCAAGGUCUUGUCCUACACCUCGCAGGAGACGCUCGUCGCCUACACCGCCGCGCCCGCCAACUGGGUCGCCGGCCUCACCUACGAGGCCACCACCAACUUCACCUGAUCAGAGGAAGCUUGUAACCUACCCAAUAUUCAUCCAUCGACUUCCGUUGGUUCUGUAACUCGAGCUUCGCUUUCGGCUUGCCGCCAUUGAUCCUUCCAACUCCUCCUCCUCCAUGCUGUCUGCUGCAACUACUUGAGCUUCACGAUGAUUUGCUGCUGUUCGUGCAUUAUCGAUAGAGAAGCAUCUAUUUACGAGCA